AUGGAGUCAGCAUGGGCGGCAGGUUUCCUACCUGAAAGUGAAAGGCACAAGACUGUAUUCACCCUGGGACAAAGCAAGCUCAUCUCUUCCCCCAGGAACUGGAGCUUGCUAGGCAUUUUGCGGCUCUGUUCUCCUUUGGGAGGGCAAGUUGUCCAGACAAAACCCUGUCAUCUUGUAAAACAGAGACCAGACAGAGACGACAGCUGCACUCCAGGGUCACCACUGUUGAGGAUCAUCCUGGUGGGCAAAACAGGCAGUGGGAAAAGUGCCACAGGGAACAGCAUCCUCUGCCAGCCAGUGUUUGAGUCCAGGCUGGAUGCCCAGUUGGUGACCAGGAGAUGCCAGCGCGAGAUGGGCACGUGGAACGGGAGGAGCCUCCUUGUCGUCGACACGCCCCUCUUUGAGUCCAAGGCCCAGACCCAUGAGGUGUACGAGGAGAUCGGACACUGCUACCUGCUGUCUGCCCCAGGGCCCCACGUGCUGCUCCUGGUGACCCAGCUGGGACGCUUCACAGACCAGGACAGCAUGGCAGUGAGGAGGCUGAAGGAGGUGUUUGGGGCAGACGCCAUGAGGCACGUGGUCAUGCUCUUCACCCACAGGGAGGACUUGGAGGGCCGGUCCCUGGAUCAGUAUGUCGCCAACACGGACAACCUCGGCCUGAAGGGCGCGGUCCUGGAGUGCGGGAGGCGAUUCUGUGCCUUUGACAACAGGGCCUCUGGGGAGGAGCAGCAGAGGCAGCUGGCGGAGCUCAUGGCCGUGAUCGCGGGGCUGGAGCGGGCGCUGGAGGGCUCCUUCUACAACAACGACCUCUUCUUUCAGGCGCAGGUGCUGCAGCAAGGUGGACAAGGGCCCAUGGAAGGAGACUACAGGCGCUUCCUGGCCAAGGUGAAGCUGCAGGUGGAAAGGCAGAAGCAGGAGCUGAGAGAGCGUGAGAGCAGCUGUCCGCUCCAGGCCCUGCUCAGAGUCAGGAACUGGGUGAUUCUGAAUCAUGAGAUCUGUAUUGUGUGUGUUUGGUGCAGCCUGUUUGUUGUUCUUAUUAUCCUCAUCAUCUUCCAUCUUGCUUAA